GUUUAUUUACGAGCUGAUUCAAAAAGAGAAAUGAAACAAAAACUCACAUUUCUCUGCGAAUAAAACGCACUUUACCGAGUCCUCCGCUUUUCAUCAACCGUGAGUACAUUCCGAUCACAAUGCCACAGAUAUUUAUCGUUGAUGUUUGUGGUAAAAGUGUUUAAAAUGCAGGUUUCACGAUGUUGACCUGUGACAUUUGCGGUGAGGAGCUGCUGCUGGAGGAGGACCUGAAAACUCACCUGUUACUUAGCCACCUGGAAAACAACAUGCACUGCCCCCUCUGCUCUCUGUCCGGGGUCUCCUACGACGAACUGAGCCUUCACAUCAACUCCGCACACCCCGACAACCAAAACAAGACCCCCACGAGAACGAAAAGAGACGAAGCCAGUCCAGAGUCCUCAUCUAGCCCAGAUUUGACUCAAUAUUUGCCAAGUCCUGAAUUAUUCGCGUCUUCAGAUUGCAGCGGUGCAGACAGUGACAUUUCAUCUACCUCUAGUCCUUCUCUAGUCAAAUCUAAAGCAUGUGGUAAUAAUAAUAACAUGAAUUUGGACAGUUCAGGUUUGAGUCCUUUGAGACAGAACAUUCAUAAAGUUAAGAAGCACAACAGUGAAACUACAGGUGGAGCGGACAAGAAGAAAAGAAUGAGCUCUCCGUUGAAAGAGAGGCGGUUUGUGUGUCCCAUGUGUGCCUGUGUCUGCACCGACUCGUUCAGCCUCCAAGAACACGUGGAGCUGCAUCUGGAUCCUGCGUAUACUGCACAAGGCUUCCAGUGUCCGAUGUGCUCUGUCGCUUGCUCCGAUAGCUUCUCUCUUCAGGAACAUGUGGAAUUACAUUUAGAGCCCGGGGCCUCUGUAAACGCGAGUCCUGGUUCAGACCUUAAACUGGCCCGCAGGCUUCAGGAGGAGGAGGAGCAGAUGAGGAGAGAGGAAGAGGCAAGAACGGAGAAAGAAGAGUUCAAGAAGCUACAGAAGCAGUUUGGCCUGGAUGGCAGUGGGGGCUAUCGUAAACAGAUGGAGCAGAGACUGGAGCGGGCUGUGGCUCGUGGACUCAUGGAUCCAGCCGAGUUUCACAGUAAAAGAGCAGAGAUGAUGGAGGCUUUAGCCACAGGGCAGGACGACGGCCAGACCAGGACUCAGGGUGUGUUGAAGGUUUUAUCAGAGCAUUACCAGUCUGAGGCCAGAGACUGCGCGCACGUUUGGCUGUGCGCAGACACCGACCACUUCUGCUCCUCCGAGGGGGACCGAGGCUGGGGCUGUGGCUACAGGAACUUUCAAAUGCUGCUGUCCUCCCUGCUCAGGCUGGAGGAGUACGCUGCUGUCCUGCCAGACAUGACAGUGCCCAGUAUCCCUCGGGUGCAGGGUCUUAUCCAGGAGGCCUGGGGCGAGGGGCUGGAUCCACGCGGAGCCUCUCACUUUAACAACAGACUCCAGGGAACGAGAGCCUGGAUCGGAGCCACGGAAAUCUACAGCCUGCUCACCUCUCUGCAUGUCAGGGCUCGUAUAGUGGACUUCCACCAGCCCACCGGUCCUGGAGACACACACCCGCGGCUGUUCGAAUGGGUCAAACAGUACUUCAGCCGGGGUCAAAACAGCGGCAGACUCCCCCCUCGGAUCAUCCACACCAAACUACCUCCGCUCUACCUGCAGCACCAAGGUCACAGCCGGACAGUGGUGGGGCUGGAGCAGAAGAGGAGUGGAGCUCUCUGUUUGUUGAUCCUGGAUCCUGGCUGUUCUUCCUCGGAUCUCAGACGAAUUUUCAGGCCAGAUUCGGUAAACGCUGCGCUGCGACAGAUGCGCAGGUUUCCCUCUGGACUCAAGCACAAGCAGUACCAGCUGGUGGCAGCAGAGGGCGUCCUCUCUGAGCAAGACAAACAGGUUUGUGUUUUGAAUUCAAAGACAUUACACGCCGAGCGGAUCCCGUGACCAGAUCCUCAUUCAUCUCAGCACAAAUAUGAAGCUUUUAUUUAUACUGUUUUAAUUGUGUUGUUUACCUAAAUAAAUGUCUUUUGUCUCUCCCUG